UUCUUCCCCUCACGAGAAGAACUGUCUAGAACCCCAGGGUGAAAAAGAUUUCCAUCUAUGAUGAUGACGGAUUUUACAGGAGAGCAUACAUGGUUACAAACAAAGCAUGAACUAAGCUUGAGGAACCUAAUAGAGGGUUCAGAGUACCAAGAGGAACUGAAGUACAACUUCAACAUAAAAGGGGAACUGAGGCAUCUGGAUACAAAUGAGUUCUUUGUUUUCAAUUAUUACAAGAAUGCACAUGAGCAGAAUCAUAAACGCUAUCAAGUUUUGGGACACUUGAUUACCCAAUAUGUUUAUGAGCUCCUGGAAAGAGUCUGCAUGCUGCAGAAAGUUCAUAUUCCUACUGAUGCUACAGAGGAUGAAGCAAGAAGUUUCUUUUUCAUGAGUGAGAAUGCACUAACAAGUAACUCUAGCCUAACUGUCCUUCUUCAAGACCAUGGAGUGUUCCGUGCAGGACAGUGGGGGCAAAGGAUAAUUAUCAGUGAAGGCCUGGGGCAUGGAACAUAAUAAACACCAUUCAUCAAAAUGGCCCUUAAAGCCAUGGGGGGGGUCACUGUACUGAAUCCCAAUGACAACUUCAUUGAUUUUAAGACUGAAAAGGAAAGGUUAAGUCUGUCUACCAGUCAAGAGGCACUGACUUCAAUGGAGUCUACCUGGUGGGUCCUCAAGAGAGGCAGCUGCAACCCUGAGGAGCAUACCAUAUAUGUAUGGGAUCACUUCAUUUCAAAGAGUGCAGUCAAGAAUGUGGCCUUCAUUGCUCAUGGCUAUGGUGGCUCGGUGUUUGUUGACUUGCUAGUGCAGCGAAAAGGGGAGGUGAUGAAUAAAGUGUACUCUGUGGCAUUCAUUGACUUCACGCACAACGUGUGGCACCAGACUAGAAGUGAUCCACAACUACAAGAAUGGAUACAGAAACACUGCCGUGAAUGGGUUUCAAACAGUAAGCCUCUAGAUAAAGCUAUGGGUUCUGUCAUGAAACUGAACUGUCGUACUGUCUUUGCUGGGACAGAAAAGUAUUGUUUAGCCCCCUCCUGCUGCUUACAUUCCAUCUUCAAGUACCUGAAGAGCACUCUGAAAGCCAAGACUGCAACAGCCUCUAGACAAUCACCUACUGCAACUAGAAGCAGAACAAGUAAGAAGUGAGGCAAUAAAGGUAUACUGAUUUGGUUUUGAUAGUAGUCUCUUCCUUCCAUAACUGCCCCUGCACCUUUCAGUCAUCUAAGGACCCUCAGCUCACUGUGGAGCAACUUACAGUUCGAAAUUUGAAGCUAGUUUGUUUCUUUUUUGAGAAAUACACAAAUCCAAGUUAACUAUCAGGAAAUAAGUUCAUUGUUGUAAGCUGUAAGCCACAAUCCUUCGGUUAGCUGUGAAAUUUAAGUUGUGCAAAAUAAAGAUGUUAAGGUAUA